AAAGCUGCAGAACAUGGUACUGUCCAGAUUUAUAGAUUUAUUCCUCCAAGUCUGGUUAAUGAUUAAUGUCACGCCUGGGUGUCCACAUAGACCCACUUCCCUUCUCCCUUCCUGAAGCUGCAAUUUCCUCGGAACAAUGAACUUGCAGAGGUUUGCUGCAAUCCGAACUUGAGGAGGGGGUGGAGUCUGUUCAGUUCUGUUUCUCCCUGCUGAAGUGUGGUCUUUGGAGCUAAGUGAAGAAUGAUUUCUGUUAGGCUUUCCUCUGCCGGCCUUCCUUGCAGCCUCGAAAACCUCACCAGAGUCGCCUCUGCUGGUCUCUUACUGUGCUGCUCUGUCAGAGAUGGGCAAGCAAGAAGCGAAACCCUGGCCUUAAAAUUCCAAAAGAAGCAUUUGAACAACCUCAGACCAGUUCCACACCACCUCGAGAUUUAGACUCCAAGGCUUGCAUUUCUAUUGGAAAUCAGAACUUUGAGGUGAAGGCAGAUGACCUGGAGCCUAUAAUGGAACUGGGACGAGGUGCGUACGGGGUGGUGGAGAAGAUGCGGCACGUGCCCAGCGGGCAGAUCAUGGCAGUGAAGCGGAUCCGAGCCACAGUAAAUAGCCAGGAACAGAAACGGCUACUGAUGGAUUUGGAUAUUUCCAUGAGGACGGUGGACUGUCCAUUCACCGUCACUUUUUAUGGCGCACUGUUUCGGGAGGGUGAUGUGUGGAUCUGCAUGGAGCUCAUGGAUACAUCACUAGAUAAAUUCUACAAACAAGUUAUUGAUAAAGGCCAGACAAUUCCAGAGGACAUCUUAGGGAAAAUAGCAGUUUCUAUUGUAAAAGCAUUAGAACAUUUACACAGUAAGCUGUCUGUCAUUCACAGAGACGUCAAGCCUUCUAAUGUACUCAUUAAUGCCCUCGGUCAAGUGAAGAUGUGCGAUUUUGGAAUCAGUGGCUACUUGGUGGACUCUGUUGCUAAAACAAUUGAUGCAGGUUGCAAACCAUACAUGGCCCCUGAAAGAAUAAACCCAGAGCUCAACCAGAAGGGAUACAGUGUGAAGUCUGACAUUUGGAGUCUGGGCAUCACGAUGAUUGAGUUGGCCAUCCUUCGAUUUCCCUAUGAUUCAUGGGGAACUCCAUUUCAGCAGCUCAAACAGGUGGUAGAGGAGCCAUCACCACAACUCCCAGCAGACAAGUUCUCUGCAGAGUUUGUUGACUUUACCUCACAGUGCUUAAAGAAGAAUUCCAAAGAACGGCCUACAUACCCAGAGCUAAUGCAACAUCCAUUUUUCACCCUACAUGAAUCCAAAGGAACAGAUGUGGCAUCUUUUGUAAAACUGAUUCUUGGAGACUAAAAAGCAAUGGACUUAAUUGGUUGACCCUACUGUGGAUUGGUGGGUUUCGGGGUGAAGCAAGUUUACUACAGCAUCAAUAGAAAGUCAUCUUUGAGAUAAUUUAACCCUGCCUCUCAGAGGGUUUUCUCCCAAUUUUCUUUUUAAUCCCCCUCUUAAGGGGGCCUUGGAAUCUAUAGUAUAGAAUGAACUGUCUAGAUGGAUGAAUUAUGAUAAAGGCUUAGGACUUCAAAAGGUGAUUAAAUAUUUAAUGAUGUGUCAUAUGAGUCCUCAAGCUUCUCAGACUUCUCUUAUUCUUUACAAAAUGAAUGCAUUGGCCCUGACAAAAAGGUGCUACAGUAGUGAUGAAAUUAUAAGUAGAUUUGUAGUUUGUCCCAUUUAUUAUUUUAAUAUUUAUGUUUAAGUGCUUGGUUGAAAAGAUUCCAUUUUAUACAAGAAGGGAGAUUCAAAAAAAAAAAAGACAAGGUUGGGUUAGCAAUAUUUAUAGGGCUUUUAUUUUUUAAGUUCAAUUGUGUCUGUGGUCCAGAAGAAAUUAUUUAAUAUGCAUCUUUGAGAAUAUUAUAAAAAUAUCAAAAAGGA